UUUCCAUCUUCAGACCAGGCCGGACGGUUGUCUGGUAGGAGAUCAACGAAGAAAAAACGUGGUUCAGCUGUUCGUUGAUUCCCGGUCAUUGCCUCUACGACCUCCAACUUCAUCUCCUUCCUUUAACUUUGCAGUUUUUAGGCUCAGUGAAUCGGCCAUGGCAGUUGAUACAGAGCAGGAGCUAUUACCUCAGAAAAAGAACGAACCUUCUGAGGAUGAGAAGAGGAAAGCCAAAAUCGUGCCGGGAAGCUUGAUGAAAGCUUUGAUCAGACCCGGAGGUGGUGAAUCAACACCGUCGGAAGGUGAUCAGGUUGUCUAUCACUGCACCAUACGGACACUUGAUGGAUUUGUUGUUGAAUCCACUCGAUUAGAAUCUGGAGGGAAGGGAACUCCAACAAGGCAUGUUUUAGGCAAAAGCAAAAUGAUACUGGGAUUGCUAGAAGGUAUUCCGACAAUGUUGAAAGGUGAAGUUGCUAUGUUCAAGAUGAAACCUCAAAUGCACUAUGGUGAAGAGGACUGCCCGGUUUCAGUCAGUAGCAGCUUCCCGAAGGAAGAUGAACUGCAUUUUGAGAUUGAGAUGAUAGAUUUCUUUAAGGCCAAGGUUGUAAGCAAUGAUUUUGGCGUUGUGAAGAAGGUUAUACGUGAGGGGCAGGGUUGGGAAUCACCAAGGGAACCUUACGAGAUAAAAGUCUGGGUUUCUGCUAGGACAGGUGACGGGAAAGUGAUUUUAUCGCACACAACUGGAGAGCCAUAUUUUUUCACUUUUGGAAAGUCAGAGGUUCCUAAAGGUCUAGAAAUGGGAAUUGGAAUGAUGACACGAGGAGAAAAGGCAGUAAUCUUUGUCACUAGUCAAUAUUUAACUCCAUCUCCUCUGAUUACGGUGGAGGAUGGUGUUGAAGAAGUUCAUUUUGAAGUCGAGCUUGUCCACUUCAUUCAGGUAAGAGACAUGCUUGGAGAUGGACGCCUGAUCAAACGUCGCAUUCGUGAUGGAAAAGGUGAUUUUCCAAUGGAUUGCCCCCUUCAUGACAGUCUACUACGUGUUCAUUACAAGGCCAUGCUGGUUGAAGAUAAGAGAGUUUUCUAUGACACGAAAGUUGAUAAUGAUGGUCAGCCUUUGGAAUUCCGAUCUGGAGAAGGGCUUGUGCCUGAGGGAUUUGAAAUGUCUGUCCGUUUGAUGCUGCCUGGAGAAAUAGCCCUAGUUACUUGCCCUCCAGAUUAUGCGUAUGACAAGUUUCCAAGGCCAGCUGAUGUUCCAGCAGGUGCUCAUGUUCAAUGGGAAAUUGAACUUCUUGGUUUUGAAAUGCCAAAGGAAUGGGAUGGUCUGGACUUCAAGAGCAUAAUGGAUGAAGCAGAGAAGAUCAGAAACACGGGCAACAGACUCUUCAAGGAAGGGAAAUUUGAACUUGCUAAAGCCAAGUAUGAGAAGGUGCUUCGUGAAUUUAAUCAUGUCAAUCCACAAGACGAUGAAGAAGGAAAAGUUUUUUCUAAUACCCGAAAUUUGUUAAAUCUGAAUGUCGCUGCCUGCUACUUGAAACUGGGAGAAUGCAGGAAGUCUAUUGAGAUGUGUAACAAGGUUAUAGAUGCAAACCCUGCAAAUGCGAAGGCUUUGUACCGUCGAGGAAUGGCCUACAUGACCCUUGGAGAUUUUGAGGAAGCAAGGAACGACUUUGAAAUGAUGAAAAAAGUUGAUAAAUCAUCUGAAGCGGAUGCCACAUCAGCCCUCCUAAAACUGAAACAAAAGGAACAGGAAGUGGAGAAGAAAGCAAGGAAACAGUUCAAAGGACUAUUUGACAAAAAACCGGGGGAAAUUUCAGAGGUUGGAGAUGGAGAUAGAGAAGGUCAUAACUCAGGUGAAAUCCAGGAAAACUCUGAUAAGUUAGAAGAAAACGAGGAUGACAAAUCCUCUGAAUUUAGUGAUGAUAGUACAGCAGAUGACCAUCCAAGGGAUUGGUUAACCCGCUUCUGGCCUGCCGGUAGACGAAUAUUUUCAGCCCUUGGGCUGAAUAGAUGUUCCAUACUAUAGAUCAUAAAAAGAGAAGUGAACAUAUUAGGAGUAGCUCAGCUUUGCUUCAAGGGCACUAUGAGUUAAUACAAUAAUCUAAUUGGAUAAUGUACAUUAAGAUUAAGCAGAGAUGCAGGAUAAAGAAUCAUCCAUACUUUUCUUAGUCUCUUGAAUCUAUAAGUUCAACCUUUCGGAGGAAUCCUAGGGAAGUUCCAUGUUUCAAUGAUCACCUUCAAUUGUUUCUUAAUACUACCUCCAUUCACCUGUGAUCAUAAGGUCUGUGGAGGUGAAAUGUCUUCUAGAAUUUAGGAUUUGUUUAUGUACAAUAACACAGUAUCCAAACAUUAGCAAAAAUUGUUGGAAGAGUCGAGCAUGCCCACAAGGAUUGAUUAGAUGAAGUAUUAUAACAGAAUAUUUGUCAAUGUUGGAA